AUGGUUCCCGCCCCGAGUUGUCCCUAUACAUGGGACUACUGGACUUCCACACCAUCAGAUUAUGUAGAACUAACAUGCCUGAUGCCAAAUUCGAUUUAUUUACCUGUGACAGUAAGUUGGGAUGCAACUCUUCAAGAUGUCAAGGAGGAGUUAUGGGAUCUUGCAGGGAAGAUGCCCCUGUUUGGAAUGCUGCGAGAGAUGUCUGGCUAUGUAUUUCAAUUCAUCAACUCACUGGCAGUUCCGGAGGAGGUUGAUGAUGAGAAUAAACGUGUCCGAGAUAUAAGACCAGUAUUUGGAGUGCUGAUGAUCAUAGAAAGAUCUAUAGAUAAGCCCGGUGAAACAUUACUCAAUACACAAAUCAGUCGCCUAAUUGGAAAAGGUUUAAAUGAUUUUGAUAGCUUAAGGAGUUCGGAAAUAAAUGACUUUCGAAUGAGAAUGAGAUGUCUAGCUGAAGAAAGUCUGAUAAAACGUGCUCAAAGUACUCCCUUAGAACGUUUAAAAUAUCACUGCCCACCGAGACUGGCUGACAGCUCGUCUGUACCUAUUACACUGAAUAGUCAUUUAAAUAAUAAUUGUUUCAUACUUGUCACUAAAGUUGCCAAUACAGAGGUGAGUUAA